AUGAAGCUGAUCUCGCGCAAGGUCCCAAAGACCCUCGAGGAUGAGACCGUCUCUCUUCUCCCCGAGGAUCCCGAAGAUAUGUGGCAUGCAUACAACCUCAUUCUGCCUAGCGACAUCAUCCACGCUCAUGCCAUCCGUAAAGUAACUACAACCUCAAAUACGGGCAGCACAGCUUCUGAGCGUGUUCACACUGAGUUGGCUAUCAAAGUCAAAUCCACCUUCUUUGACCCCAUCAUCUCAUCGCUCCGCGUCUCCGGCACCGUUGUUGCAGAGAACCCCUACGUCAACCUAGGCUCUCAUCACACACUGGACCUUGAGGUCAACCGCCCAUUUACCAUCAUCAAGCCGGAAGGAUGGGACUCUGUCGCAAGAGCUACUCUCCAGGAGACUCUGUCCGAUGACAAAGAUGGUGCUGUGGCAGCUGUGGUUAUGCAAGAAGGACUUGCCAACAUCUGUCUCAUCACGGCGUUCAGAACCGUCCUCAAGGUCCGUGUUGAAAGCGUGAUCCCCAAAAAGCGCGAUUUGGCAUCCGACCAAGACGCAGGUAUGCGCCGUUUCUACGAAAAGACCCUGCAAACUCUUCUACGAACCAUGGACUUUUCUCAGUCACGGCCGUUGCUGCUGGCAAGCCCCGGCUUCGUUGCUGGAGACUUCAAGCAGUACAUCGCCAACAAAGGGCGAGAUAAGGCAGACAAGGUGCUUACAGCUCUGGCAAAGCAAGCUACCGUGAUUCACUCCAACUCUGGCCACGUCCACAGUCUUAACGAGAUCCUCAAGAGCCCCGAAGUUCUGUCUGGUAUGAAGAACAUGAAGUUUGCUCGCGAAACCCAAUAUGUCGACCAGUUGUUUGAGAGACUAAAGCUGGACGACGGACGCGCGUGGUACGGUACCUCUGUCGUCGAAAAGGCCGUGAACGACGGCGCCGUGGGACCCGGCGGCGGUGUUUUGCUGGUCAACAAUUCGCUUUUCCGAAGUGAAGACCUUGCCACUCGCAAGAAAUACGUCGCCUUGGUCGAAAAGGUGCGGAGCGAUGGCGGUGAGGCAAGGGUCCUUAGCAGUGAUCACGAGAGUGGUCAACGCUUGAGCAUGCUGGGUGAUAUCGCUGCCAUCCUCAACUAUCCAAUGCUGGAUCUUGAUGAAGACGAAGAAGAGAGUGAGGAGGAAGAAGAGGAGAAAGAUAUCCAAUUACCAAGUAUGGCUGAUAAUGUCAUCUAG